AUGCGGCUCUUCAAACAUUCUCUUACCCUCUUUGCUGCCUUUGCCUCUGCCUUGACCGGCGUAUUGUCUCUCCCUCAAGACAAGAGCGAUGUCGACAUCGUUGCCUUUCUGAGGGCACAGAAGGUCCCAGAGGUAGUGCCCGGCCCCGGCCUGCCUAGCUUGGAAUCCCUCAACAUCACCUCUGCCGAUCUCUACGAAAAGACGAUCGGACGCAUGGUUACUCUGCAUUCCACGAGUCCCAACGAGGAAUCAAGCCUGACGAAGAGAUACAACCCUACGUGCGAUUGGAUUGAAAUUAGCGCGCUUGAUGCAUGGAAUUGCUACUAUUACCUCGAAUACCUUGAUACCACCCCAUGUGUGGUUCCGCCCUAUGGUACUAGGUUCUGCCACACGACCGCAGGUUACAAUGAUGUAGCCUGGUAUGGGAGUACAAACGCUAAUUUGAUCCUCUGUGAAGCCGCGAAGUUGCCUGGGGAGGAAUUUGGGUCCUAA